AUGCAAAAGACGAUCCUGAGGACACGGAUCGCCGGCCUCAAGUCGUACCACUUAAAACGGCCCGCACUGGCGCUGCAUCAGGCCGUUGCCUGCGCUGCCUCACCCUCGCCGAACUUCACCAUCACACCCUCAGCUCUCGUCGUCCAUGAGUUUUCCACGCCCACCGCCGUCAUCAGCAAUGUAACGCUCACAUGCUCAGGCAAACCCGUUCCUUUUCCCUGCUUGGCCAGAGGCGUGGCGAACGGCACGGAGCUGCUACAGGUGAUGGCAGAGAUGGAUGCCCUGAUGAAGAUGGUCAGCGCAUUCCUAACCAGCUCUACACAACAACAGGCCAAUGUUCCGAUAUACCUGUACCUAACUCGAAACACUACGCUCGGCCCUAUUCCUGCAGCAGCAAACAGCGACCCUCUGCAGGUCGCUCCUGCCAUCAGCUUGGAGACAGCUAGCUUUAUUCUUGCUGGGAGCUCUCGCGAUCUUGGGAGCGCGACAAUACUAAACCUUGCUGGCGUGACUAGCUUAAUCAUGGUGGGGGGCACCUCAUCCAUUCAGCUGCGCAACCUGGUGCUGCGGGACCUGCCGUUGGGCCCUGUGUCUGGCAUAACUAGCAGGCUUUUGCGGUUGCCCAUCUGGACAUUCAUGCUGGUUGAACGCUUUCUCUUGGGCGCUAGGCGUAAAAUCCUGAUGCUGUCCGAUGUGGUGGUGGAGCUUCCCCGGGAGGAGCUGGCACUCAUGUUUGCAGACGCCGUAGGAGAGGCAGCUCUUCCAGAAGAACUGAAGAACGAUCUGUGUGCCAAGGGCACAAGUGACUUCAUAUUCUCGACCUUUCAGGGUCAGCAACGAAUGGAGCUGUCAGCAGAGGCAACAGCAGUUGAAGCAAUAGGAUCCUCGGCAAUUUCUGCAACUCAGGGCCUGGACACUGCCAUGACAAAUUUUACCUCGUGCCUUUGGACCCUGGACUUUGACAGGCGUGCUGCCCAGGCAAGAUAUGACUUCCUGUAUAUUCAUUCGCUGGAUGAGGAUGCUGCUGCUGCCGCCAUGCCGACUCUUGAUAAAGUCCGACCCGUGGGUCUGCCCUAUGUCUUCCUGGACACUGUCAGCAUUCUGAUUCCCCAAGCGGAGCUAGACGUGUUCAUCUGGAUCUGGGUCACCAACUCCACGGAGGUAGCGGCGAACGCACCUGGCCUGGAAGACCAGCUUAGCAGGAUGCUCAGGGGUUCCAGUCUGGCUGCAGAGUCAGCUGCAGCUGUUGCAGGUUUGUUGCCUGCAGCAUCGGCAGGACUCAGGGAAGGCACCGUCACCAGCCUCACCUUUGAUCGGUUUUGGUGGUGUGGCCUGGAGGGCCGCAACGUCACCCUCACCACCUCGGAACUGUCAGCAUUGACAAUUGAAGCCCUGCAAAACAUGUUUUGGGCCCCACAACACAACCUGUCCUUCACCUAUCCCCUCUCCUGGAGCCGGCAGCCUGCAUCGGCUACCUCACCCAAAAUUUCUGCAUCUCGACCAGUUCCAACAUCACCCAUGCCGCCAGGCCAGCUAUUCAGGCGUAGUCCACCAGAGCAGCUUCAUGUUUCGUACCUGGAUCGGUUACCAGUCCUUGCAGAAUCGCAGCCCCAGCCCGCCCCAGCCAUGGCGCAGGUUCCCCCACACGAGGCGACCGCAGCAGUAGUCGCCAGAGGUGGCCAUGGUAGUACAACAGUUCCUCUUAUCGCAGGUAUUGUGGCAGGUGGUGUCUGCCUGGCAGCAGUCGUGUCCGGGCUGCUAUUGUGGCAUUACCGUAAGAAGGCUGCACAGACCCAGCUGCUGAACAAGCAGCUGGGUCUACCUACAAAGGGACAACAGCAGCCAGCUGGUGGAAGUGUGUACAGUGUGAAGGGUUCAACCAGUAGUACAUUUGGCAACAUCAGCACUCGUGUUAGUAGAGCUAUCAGAUUCUUCACCACAUCACUGCCUGCCAGUGUGCCAGGUAUUCUCAUCUGUUGUCGUUUUGACUUAGCACCCGCUCCAAAGCAGGAUGAUGCCCUCAACCCCAACGCAAGCGAGGCAACCGUCAACAGGAAUGCUGAGUCACCAAGGAGGCUUGCUGAACAAGUGAGACCAGUCAUCAAGGAUUUUUAUAUUGGCUUGUACAAAGACUUCAACAAGACUGUGGAGACUGUCAAGGGUGGCAGCAGUCAGCAGAAUGAGCUUCCUGUCCCCAGUUGCGAUCAUGGGCUCGGGAACAGCUCAGCACGUGUUAUGAAUGUCCCUACCGGCCCGACUGUAGCGGUUCAGGGAUGGAGAGCGGAUGGCGCCACGGGGGACCACGCUGGGAAGCAGGAAAGUCCCCAGAUGCUGCCGGCGAUACAGAGCUCGACCGAAAUGGAUGGAUCAUCGAGCUUUGCAUCUCAAUUUGGCCGGGUGCUCGGGGACAAUGUUUUGGAUAAGCAACUAACCAUCAUUGGCGAGCUUGGUCGGGGAGCGCAGGGUGUGGUGUACCGUGCCGUGUGGCGGGGGUUACAUGUGGCAGUCAAGAGCCUGCUGCUGCAGACAGACAAGCACGCUUACGAGGCAAGGUCGCAGCAGGCGGAGGUUUGGAAGCUGACACUCGUCCAGGAGCUCUGUGAGGGCAACAGCUUGCAGCACUGCCUGGAGCACCAAACACUUGUAGGCUGCAGGGCUCAACCUGUGCUUCGAGUCCGAGAGGACGGAUGGAUGCUGCCCAGUUUAAAUUUAAAAGCCACAAUCCAGCCCCAAGACGGCGAGCCGCAGGAACAGCAGGCGAAAGACCAGCUGCCGACGGUGGCAGAUGGGCGGCUGGAAGGCCAUGUCAUUCUGACGGUGGCUCUGCAGGCAGCCCGGGGACUGGCACAUCUGCAUUCCCGCUCCAUCAUACAUGCUGAUGUCAGCUCUGCCAACAUCCUGUUGAAGCGUGCAGUUGCGAACCAGUCAGCUACAGUGGCUGCCAGGAACAGUACUAGUGCUUCUGUGGCGAAUGCGGACCCAUACACGUAUGGCUAUGUGGCCAAGGUCAGCGACUUCGGCUUGUCGGGACGACUUGACCGGGAUGCCACCCACAUCUCCGGCCCAGCGAGGCGCAGCUCUGCCUACUCGGCCCCUGAGCUGGUCAGGUACGGCAAGGUCAGCGCGGCUGGUGACGUGUACGCAUUUGCUGUGGUGAUUUGGGAGCUGGUGCUGGGUGCUCCAUUGCCGGUGCUGCUCCGAUGCCGGCCCGAGGGCUCCCAGCUGCAGGCCUGGCUGGUGAAGCAAUCCCGCAUUAACCCGGAAGAGGCGGAGGCGCUUCCACCUGACAUCCUGGUGUGGCCAGAGGAUGUGCACCCGGGUCUCGUGGCCGUUGUGGAGGAGUGCCUGAGGGCGGAUCCAUCGGCCAGGCCUAGCAUGGCCUCGGUUUGCGAGAGCUUGCGGCGUUUCCUAGAUUAA